CAGGGGCAUUGUGGCGACAGUGAGCAGUUCCUUGGAGACGCAGGGGAGGACGGCUGGUGUGACUUGAUGAGUCAGUAUCAUAAAAUCAGAGAGGAGCAUGAGUCACAGUGACAAGCGCUCGUGCAUCUUUCAGAAUUUCAGCCUUGCAGCUGUUCAGCACUGUGUCACGAGACAGCGUCACACAAACAGUCGUCAUCAGAGGACAUGUGUACCCCGCCGAGCAUCGCAGGUCAUCUCUCUGGCGUGAGUCUGCCAUCGGCCACCAUGGACAGGACCAGGAGCGAGAGGGUGAUGGGGGAGGCCGACGCGGAGGACCACCUGGUGCGCUCCAAGAGGUUACUCCCGCUUCCAGCACGCUCGUCCCUGCUCUCCCAGCAGCGCUCUCUGCUGCGGCUGCACCCCUUCAAGAGCCACCUGAUGCCCAGCCCGCGCCGCAAGCGGGAGAUGACGCCGGCCAGCAAGAAGGACGCGGCGUACUGGGACAAGCGGCGCAAGAACAACGAGGCAGCGAAGCGCUCGCGCGAGAAGCGGCGCCUCAACGACCUGAUGAUGGAGGGCCAGCUGCUGGCACUGAGCAAGGAGAACACCCAGCUGAGGGCCGAGGUCUUCAGCCUGCACUGCCACACUCACCUGGGCCGCGACGCGCACACCAGCCUCGGCCUCAACCACCACCACCACCACCACCGCAGCAGCCCCUUCUCAGCCUCCUCCACCACCACUGGCACAGCCACCACUUCUGGGGCCUUACAGUUUCCUGCUGUAGCCCAGGGCUACCCGCUGGUGAGCCGCCCGCAGUCGCCCUCAAUCUGGGGCUUCAAGAGCGGCUGCCUGCCCUUGCUGGAUGCUCCUCGAGGUGGUCAGGGAGCCGGGAAGCUCCCCAGCCUGGCUCUGCCCUCGCCGGUCUCCCUGGGCGUGUUCCAGAGAGCCCAGGACAGCAGCAGCCUCCUCUCGGGCUCCUCUCCGCUGUUGGUCCCCACCGUCGUGCCUCCUCCCCAGUGGGGUGUUGGUGGCUGUGGGCCCCCACCUCAAGCUCUACCAGCCCUUCUCUUCAAGCCUGCCAGUCUCAUAGAGCCUCCCACUUCGGAGUCCUCCACGGUCCAGCCCAAACCCGAGAAAGCCUCUCAAAACCAGGUCUCGUCCAGCGACGACAGCCUUGCCAAAGAAGUGGGCGCCGUGACCCCGAUUCAAAAGGCUUUCCGUCCCCCAGUAUCGCGGUCGACCUCUGGACUCUCCCUCCCUCCAACGCACCCUUCCUUGCCCUCCUCCUCCUCCAUUGCGCACGGUAGCCCCAGCACCCUGCUGUCUCACGUGGGCCAGAAUUCACCUCACGAAAGCCUGCUGCUACCCUGGAGCUCCACUUGUCUCUAUCCGUCUUCGCUUUACCCAAGUCUACCCCUGUCUCUCUAUCUGCCCCUAACAGACCCGGAGCUGCCGGCCUACCAGCGCAUGUACAUGCAGAGGAAUUUCUCGGGGAAGUUUUCUCGGUUUCAACAGAACUGAAGGUAUACUGUACUGUACUUUGAAAACAUGAACGUUCUUAUGUUGAAAUAUAAUUAUAGGUUUUUGCUUAUUCCGUUUUAUUUUUCAACCUGUUGUUUGGCCUGUUGUAAAUAGUUUAUAUAUUUGAUACAUUUGUUAUUGACAUUUAAUGCUUUUCUUUUUAUAUUUUUAUACGGCAAAGCAUAAUGUUCUGAUGUUAAUUGUGUGGUUUUAUGAAUUAAAAUUAUG